GGCUCCCGCAAGUACAGGUACCAAACUGGCUGGCUCACCAAUUCCUGCAACAAGCAACAGGCCCUCCACCACCACCACUGGGCAGAGACCAGGGCAGGAACAGACCCCAACGCAACCGAUCAUGGCACCCAGACCCAACAAGACUGGAAGAAUAACUGCCGCAGCACGACACAGAG